AUGGAAGAUAAAUUCAAAGGAUUCGAUUGGUUUGGAUAAUCAAUUUAGCUAACAUAUAAGGGAGAAGAUUCUUAUAAAACAAUCAUUGGUGCAUCAGUUUCUUUUGUUCUAAUACUUGUUCUUUUAGGUUUUUCAAUAUUCAAAGCCUACAACAUGCUGAAUAGAGUGAACCCUGAAUUCUCAAGAGUGUCUUUGAUUAGAGACAUGACUUAGGAAGAAAUAUUCCUUCCACAAUUGUCUGGAUUUGAUUUUGCUUUUGGUUUAAAUGAAGAUUUAGAUCCCAGAAUUGGGCAUUUUACAGUUAAGUAGUUUGGUUUGUACUAAACAGCUGCUAAGGACUCUGAGGGAAGAACAAUAAAAAACAUAACUAAGAGAGAUAUUCCUUUUGAAAAGUGCGGGAAAUUAAAUUUUAACUAUCCUAACGAAACUGAGAUAGUAGCCAAGGGAAUAUCGAAUUUUAUAUGUACUACAACAUUUGAUUAUUAAUUUCGAGGCAAUUAUUACACUGAUUCGUUUGAAUAUCUUGAAGUGAAAUUAUAGAAGUGUAUAGAUCCCCCUAAUGCGACAAAGAAGAAAUGCUUCAAUUAGACCUACAUAGACUCCUAUCUAGAUAAAUAGUUUUUCAAUUUCGUCUUUGUAAAUAAUUACUUCGAUCUCACAAAUUUUGAAAAAGGAAAAUUCAUUAAGCCGUUCAUAGAUGAUUCAUUAUUUUUCGAAAUUGAAGCUAAGAGAAUGAAAAAGGCUAAUUUUUACAUAUAAGCUUAGGAGGCAGAGUUAGAGGAUGAUUUAAUAUAAUUUGGUUAAUCUCAUUAGCUAAAUUUUCACUAAGUAUCUAAUUCGAGAUCUUAUGAUAAUCAAUUUAAGGAAGAAGAGGGGUUUGUGAUAGCAAUAUAUCUUAGAUUUGACAACAAAUACGAUCUAUAUACAAGAAAGGUUUACUCAGCUUUAGAAUUAUUAGGAGACAUAGGAGGUCUUUAUGGAUCCUUAUUGGGAAUAGGAUUCUUCUUCGUUGGAUUUAUCUCUUCCAGAAUGUUUAUGAGUGACAUUAUGAAGAAGAUAUAUUAGGUUAGAAAGUAUGUAUUUGAGCCAGACAUUAAGACACUCAAAAAGCUAGAUGAAAUGGAGCAGAGUUAAAAUAAUAAUCAAAGAAGUAGGAAUAAUAAAAGUAGUGAUAAUCCUGGUUCCAAGAAAUUCUCAAAAAUUAAAACCAAAACAUCUAGAGGAAAGAAGCGAUCUUAAUCUCCUUAGAAAGAUAAAGACUAAGAUCAAUGGGCAAAAACUACAGCUGAUUAGUAUUCUUCAAGAGCAAGAAUGAGUAGUUAUCAAAACUAACAAUCUCCUUAUCAGUCUCGAAGGAGUUAUUCUAGAAGCAGCAGACAAGGUUCUUAAAGAAAUUCACCAAAAAGAUCUAGUAGUUUUAAGACCAAGCAGUAACUGUAAGAGGAAUAUGAGAUUAAAGAAAAUGAAAUUAAAAAUGCUAAAGAAUUUAAAGGCAAAAAAGUGUUAGGAGAAGAUGAUAUCAAUAGUCUACUGAUGUCAUUUGUGUCCAGGAUGAGUUUCAACUAUUAGAUGAGAGAUAUUCUAUAAUACCUUGGAAAAUGCCUUUGUUUAAGAGACCUAAGUAAAAAGAGAUAAAAACGGUACUACAAAAAGCACUACUUAUUCAACAAAGGUGAAGAAAAACUCAGCUAGGAGCUAGAUAUUAUACAGCUUCUAAAGACUCAAAGAAAAUUUAGACUACUUGCUUAAGCGUUGCUUUCCUAAAAGCACAGAAUGCUAUUAAGAUUUCAGAGAUAAAAUCUGAUUGAAACAGCAACUGAAUCAUCAGAUUCGGAUGAUAAUAAUCUGGAUACAUUCGCCUUAAUGGAAAACAAAAAUCCUCUUAUUAGAUUAGUGAUCUACGGCAAAGUAAAGAAAAUGAUAAAAGCUUUUUAAGGUAAAAAACUGAAGAAUAUUGAGAAAAAUCUAAUGAGAGGUGUUUUCCAAAGAAAAAUAAAAGAUUUUCAAGAAGAUUAGAAUGAUCAAAAUGAGAAUAAAACUCUUCUUCAAAGAUUGCAUGAUAAUCUCAUCAAUGACUAUGAAAUAGACCUUGAGUACCUUUACAAUGGCUACAAGAAUACUAGUUAAAAACUUUAGAUCUAGAAUUAUAUAGAAAAAAAGCAUAUUGGUCCAGAAUAGACGGAUAAAACUACAGUUAUAAAGCAAGAACCUACUUAAGUAAAGUAGUUUUAAAAGAAAAAAUCAGUCUAGUUCUAUGAUGAUCAGUAUAUUGUUAAAGAUAACUAGAAUCAAGAUGGCUCACAAUUUACAUCCAAGGAUGACUAAAUGAGUAAGUAAGUAACACAGCAUUCUCAGAAUGAAAACUAGAGAAGUCAAGAGAAUGGUCCUAAUGCUGCAGACUUCAAUAUUAUAGUUGAUGAUGAUUUAGGCAUUGAGAAUAAUAGGUCUUCGGUGAGCUAGAAAAAUACAGAAAUAGAUGAGUAAGAAUUAAGAGAAGAUAUUUUGGACGAUGAUGGUUUGAGCCUUUCACUGAGAUUAGACUACGAAAUUGAUGACAGAUAAUAAAAUUUGGCUUUUGACUCAUUAUAAAACAAUCUCACAAAUAUGAGAUACAAAUUCCUUAGUAAAGAAUUCAAUAAGUCUUUAAGACAGUCUGAAUCAAACUUAUAGAUGAUAAUGUAAAAAAAUGAAUUUAAUGCCAAAAAUAAUAAAGAGUAGCAGUACAAAAGAAAAGGAAAAUUAGCUAGGAUUCUAGAAAUAGACUAAUGA